AUGGAAGUUCAAUAUGAAUUAGAUGUUGAGAAAGCUAAGACUGAAGAUGAGUUCUAUUACUACUUUGCUUAUGGCUCCAACAUGAAUUUAGAACAAAUGGCUUUCAGGUGUCCGCAAUCAAUAAAAGUAGGACAUGGAGUCAUGAAAGAUUAUCAUGUUGUUGAAGCCUUAUAUGCUGAUAUCGAUGCCUCAGAAGGAAACAUUGUAAACGGUCUCGUUUGGAAAGUUAAUUCAAAUGAUCUUGCCAGCCUUGAUAAAUAUGAAGGAUUCCCAAAGAGAUAUUUUAGGUUUAUCACACCAAUUACAGUGAGUGAUAAAGAAAUCCAUUGCGUUGUGUAUAAAAUGACCGAUGAGUGCAGAAAGGAAAGAUCAGGAAAGGAAUAUCCAGAAGCUUAUAGACUUCGCUGCCGCAAGGGCGCUGAAGAUAAUUCUAUACCUUCUGCUUUUUAA